CAAAUAUCAAUCACAUGUCCAUGUCAGAAUAUAAAUAAAUAAAAUAAAUAAAUAACAAUAGUACCAUCCUUUGACUGUUUUCCAAAGUUUAAUCAUUAAUAAAUAAAUUUCGACCAUGUCCACGUCGGAAGUAUAUAGCGAUUUAACUUUAUAUACAACAGCAGAAAAACUAUAUCUAGAACCCAAAACAAGUGACGAGUUGCUUAUAAUCGACCGAGCAUCCGAAGUUAUCAGCUUACAAAGGAACGCGGGCCAAAUUCCUCCAUCCAAUACCCGAAUAGACUUUUGCGGUUUGUUGGGAUCAAUCGAAUUACUUGCUGGCCGGUAUUUGGUUAUCAUAACUCAGAGAGAUUUAGUGGGUUAUAUUGCUGGUCAUCCUGUAUGGAAACUAGUCAAAGCAGAACUUAUUCCUUAUUCAAAAAGUCUAUUACAUUUGACCAAUGAAAAACAAGCAGACAAUAAUGUCUACCUUAGUAUGGUGGAAAAUGUUUUAGCCACUCCAAGCUUUUAUUUUAGUUAUAGCUACGAUAUAACACAUUCAAUUCAAAGAUUGCACGAUAUCAGCCCCGAAUUCUGGCAACAGUCAUUGCUAGAACGGUCUGAUGCGAGAUUUGUCUGGAAUAAGCACCUUUUGCAACAAUUCAGGGAGCCGAGCUUAAAACGGUUCGCUUUACCGUUAAUGCAUGGUUUUGCCUCCAUAAAUCAGUGUGUAAUUAAUGGACAUAAUUUUGUUUGGGCUCUUAUAUCACGGAGAAGUGUGAACAGGGCAGGCACAAGAUGGUUCCGUAGAGGCAUUGACAAAUCGGGUAACGUAGCCAACUUUGUAGAAACCGAACAAAUUGUAGAAUCUGGAGAAGGAGACAGAGCUUCUUUUGUUCAAAUUAGAGGGUCAAUUCCUUUAUUUUGGUUCCAAAAACCCGACCUCAGGUAUAAACCCAGCAUUGAUAUUGACCAUAGUGUCGAUCCUCAGGAGCAUCAAAAUGCUUGUCUGAGGCAUAUUGAAUCGAUGGCCGGAGUUUAUGGCAGGCAAGUUAUGGUUGAUUUGGUCGAUCAAGUUGGAUCAGAAGGUAGAUUAGAAAAAGCCUUCAAAGACACCAUCAAUUAUUUAGCUCAUCCGUCCGUGAGAUAUGAACCAUUCGAUUUUCACGCCGAAUGUAGAAAAAUGAAAUGGCAUCGAUUAUCAAUUUUAAUAGACAGAGUGUCUUUGGAUCAGGACGAAAUGGGGUACUUUUUGAUUUUGAAAGAUGGUACUCUGUCCUCAUUACAAGAAGGUGUCUUUAGAACAAACUGUAUAGAUUGCCUGGAUCGUACCAAUGUAGUCCAAAGUAUGUUAGCGCACAGGAAUUUAGAAAUUGUGCUUAGGAAAUUCGAUAUUUUAAGCCCAGAUCAAAAGCUAGAAAUGCAACUUUCUUUCGAGUCUUUGAACAAAAAUGUUUGGGCUGAUCAUGCCGACCUCAUCAGUACUCAAUAUUCAGGUACUGGAGCUUUGAAAACGGAUUUUACUAGAACGGGCAAACGAACAAAAGCGGGACUUAUUCAGGACGGAAUCAAUUCGUUGAUGCGUUAUUAUAAGAAUAACUUUAACGAUGGUUUCCGACAAGACUCUAUCGAUUUGUUUUUGGGCAAUGGAAAAGUCGUUUCACCAAUUGCACCACCACCAGGAUGGAGAUAUAUUACUUUUCCUUCAGUUUUACUUAUAGCUACGGCGAUGUUUGUAGCUUCAGCUAUAUUGCCCGCAGAAUAUUCCACUGAAUGCUUGAUGUAUUUGAUGUUUUGGGGAGGAAUGAUGGCAGCUACAGCUUAUUAUAUAUUUCAAUACGGUCCAGAGUUUGUGGAUAAGCCAAAACUAACUAAUAAUAAUUCAUAGAAAGUGCAUUUUUUGAACUUUUAUGUUAUUUGAAUAUUCCCGUGGUUUAAAGAAUGUUAUUCGAUAGUUUAAUUAGAGGUUAAAGUGUUUAUCAAUUUUAAUUUUUUGCCAGAUAUUUUCAAUUUUAAUAAUAAUUAUGAUAGUUUCAAAUAACAAAACUACAAUAUAAGAAAGUAAUUAUGUUUUAUUUGUAUUGAACUGCUUACCUUAUUCCUUGUAAAGUGUAUGCAGCCUUUGUAUUUAUUUGAAAGCUCAUUUUCAACAGACAAUAUACAUCGUCAUGUCAUCUACAACCUGUUGUUAUAACAAGAAAAAAAGCAUUUAUAGAUAUUUCAGUGAAUUCAUAUUUUUUAUAUCCACUUAUUAGCUUUCCAUUGUAAUAAUGUUCCUCUGGAAACAUCCACAUUUUAUUAGGAUUAGAUAUGUAGAUAUAUGUGUUAUAUUAUGAAUGAAUUCUACCAAGAUAUCGGUACAUAUUUUGAUCAUAUGUGAAUUUGGUGUGUUAUUUGAAGAAUGUUUGAUAUCUUGGUAUAAUUCUUUUACCUAUUAAAAAUUUUAUUACUGGUUUUUUAAUUGUUUAAUUUACGAUAACGAACAAAAUAAUAAAACAACAAUGAACAAAGAAACAAUAAUUACCUGCUAAAAAAAACACAACUAAAAUCUAAUCUAAAUUAUUGUGUGCCUCCUCGCGCUUUCUCACCGCUACAGCAGUUUCAACAAGCAAAUAGAGACACUUAAAUUUUUCCCUCUCCUCUUCUUCUGUCAUCGCAGGUUCUGGCACAAAUUGUGGUGUACGUUCCGUUACAACUUUAGCACCUGAUUGAUUUACUCCUGGUAGUGGAAUCGGUUGUUGAACUUGAAAGUUACCAUACGAGGAUGUCCUAGAAUUAUCAGAUAGUUGUUAGUGAUUGAUUGGAAAGCUUUAUUGAUGACUCUUUGAAGCUGUUUUUUCCUGAUAGAAGGAAGCAAAAGGCCUGAAAGCUGGAACAAAAUUAAUUCAUCAUUUUUUUUUUAAAUUUAAAAAUCAGUCUUUUAAUGUUUCGGAAAGGAUAUCUCAGUUCGGACUGUUCGGAGUGUACUAGGGGAGCAAAAAUCAUCAAUUUGUUGAUGUAGAGACUAUGGAUAAUGAUGUUGCCUAUAUAACUUUUCAAGCAAAAGCAAUAGAUGCCGCAGUAAGCAAAGCUAAUAAAAAAAUUGCAAGAAAAGCAAAUUAUCUCACGAUGCGUAUCCUUGAUUAUUAUAGAACGGAGCAUUAGCCAUAACCAUUCCGCUGUAUUGAUGUUGGGGUGCAUUUUGCAAAUAGGGAUUGAAUUUUUCUUCAUAGCCCUCUUCCGUCUCCUCGGUUUGGUAAAGCAUCAUGGUUGCAUCGUAUUCUUGGCCCAUUCUCAGUCUGUUCUGUCCUCCAUAAGCAUAUUCAUCUGCCC